AUGGGAGGAGAUGGAGGCGUCGUUGCCGUCAAUCGUCGUUACAUGCGAGGAGCUGGAAGCGCAGACCACACGGGAGACUAUGCCAAAGAGGGUGGACACCACGAACACAAUGGCUUGGAAGCCAUGACGACUUGCCAUCUUACCAAAUUGCCAUUGUUUUCGAAUGGUAGUAAUGGUAGUAGCGGUAGUAUUGGUAGUACUAGUAGUGGACCAAUUGUGGCCUGUGUCUUUGGGAGAUUGUAUCAAAAAGAAGCGGCCGUGGAAGCUCUGUUGACACGGGCUUCGUCCAAUGGGGGUGGUGCAUCUUUGACCUCGACGACAUCGGUAUUGGGGGAUCACGUUCGUAAAAUGUCCGACUUGCACGAGGUUCGAUUUCAUCAGGACACUGCUGCUACAAGUAGCAACACCAAAAAGAAGGGAAUUGUCAAUUUGACCUGUCCCAUUACGGGCAAAGCUUUGCUAGGCAUUAUUCCUGCUAUAUUGCUGGUUCCAGGCAAAGCGGGCACUCCCAAUGUGCUUAGUGAAUCAGCCUUUGACCACCUGCCCAAGGAAGAGUUGGAGCUGGAAUAUGGACCAAUCAAGCAAAAGAUUCGACUGGCGCCUCCUCCGGAACUCUUGAAGCAACUUCAGGAGGAAGAAUUGGAAAACAGAUUGCAAAAGAAGAGCAAGCAGCAACAAAAGAAGAACAAAAAGAAACGAAAACAAGAUGGCGAAGGGGGUGGAGAACAGAAAAGCAAACCCAAGAAACAAGCUAAAGCCAACAUUGGAACAGCGGCAAAGAGUCGAGUGGACAGUGCCAUUGAAUCCAAUCAGGUCUUGUCGAGUCUCUUUACAACAACCAAUCCGUCCAAAAAGACUGAUAAAGAACGAAAAGACGGACUCUUUGCUCGAUAG